CGCCUUUCCCUUCCCUUCACUGGAGUCUUAAAGGGGGAGAAGAAGAAGAAGAAGAAUCCAACAUCAUAAUCAUAAUAAUAAGACCCCAACCACCCACCUCCCCAUUCAGAAAAAUAAAAAUAAAACCCCAACAUAGAUGAACUACAAAUGAGAAAAAGGAAAAGAUGGAGCUGCAUAUUUUAGAGCACAGGCUUAAAGUAGCCAGCAUAGCCAAGGAGAGCAUCCAGUUGUUUACCUAUGGAUUAAUCAAACUUGCUUUCCUUUCCUCCAAGACAAGGUGCAAGUUCUUCAGCCUCACAGAAACACCAGAAGACUAUACGAUCAUUGUGGAUGAAGAGGGCUUUCUAGAGCUCCCUUCAUCAGAGCACCUGAGCGUGGCAGAUGCUACCUGGCUGGCCCUCAACGUGGUUUCUGGAGGAGGAAGCUUCUCUAGCUCCCAGCCCAUUGGUGUGACUAAGAUUGCCAAGUCAGUCAUAGCGCCGCUGGCUGACCAAAACAUCUCAGUGUUUAUGCUCUCCACCUAUCAGACAGACUUCAUCCUGGUACGCGAGCGAGACCUGCCCUUCGUGAUGCACACGUUGGCCACCGAGUUCACCAUCCUCAGGGUAGUGAAUGGGGAGACGGUGGCUGCCGACAACCUCGGGAUAACGAACGGAUUUGUCAAGCCAAAAUUGGUUCAGAGGCCCGUCAUUCAUCCCCUUUCCAGUCCGAGUAACAUGUUCUGUGUCACCAGCCUGGAUCCAGAUACCCUCCCCACUGUCGCGACGCUCCUAAUGGAUGUCAUGUUCUACUCCAAUGGAGUAAAAGACUCAGUGGUGGGAAGCGAAGACUCUGGACACAUUCGCUUUUUCUCCUUCUCUCUCAUUGAGGGUUACAUCUCCUUGGUGAUGGAUGUACAGACACAGCAGAGGUUUCCUAAUAACUUGUUGUUUACAAGUGCAUCUGGAGAGCUCUGGAAGAUGGUUCGGAUUGGCGGACAGCCCCUUGGCUUUGAUGAAUGUGGAAUUGUCGCUCAGAUUUCUGAGCCCUUGGCUGCUGCUGACAUCCCGGCCUAUUACAUCAGUACUUUUAAGUUUGAUCACGCAUUGGUACCUGAAGAAAAUAUAAAUGGCGUAAUCAAUGCACUCCAAGUCAGUCAAGCUGGAAAGCAUUAAAAAUCUUCUGAGCUGGUUCCAGAUGCUUUUUCUAUUGUAAUAAUAUUAUGGUUAUUCCUUUUUUCUCACAGUAUUCUUGGAUAAUCUGAUUCUGGAGAGGUUGAAGUGAAAAAAAAAAAAAGACAUGAGCAUAAACAGCUCUUUUUAAGAAUUGCUGAACUUAGAGCCCUGCUGUUCAGUUCCAAAGCAAAAAAACAUAACCUUGCUGGUGUGAGAGGAAUUGCCCAGACAGGCAGAUUGUGUGUGCUGCAGCUUUAGCAAGAGCUUCUCCAGAGGAACUGGGGUGGAAGGGCUGGUUUCUUUGUGGAGAGUGUAAAGAAAUAAGGAAAUAAAGGAAAAAAAAAAACCC